GAAGAAAUUAAAGGUUAAUUAAAAGAUUUAAUUUAAGCGCCUUAUCUACACCAAUACGUAAAAUGUAGUGUCAAUAUCAUUUGCGUAUUGCGUCUUAAAUGUGAAAUGUGUGUAGAUGUCAUAACAUAUGUAGAUAUAUACAUACAUGUGUGUGAUUGUAAAGCAUUAAAAAAAAGUGAUAAUAUUCAAGAUUAAUAAUACAAUACUAAAGAUUACAGUUAUUUUCACUCUACUACGUUUUAAGUUUUAUCUAUUAUUCCUUACAUAUAUAUGCAUUUACUAUUUCUGUAAUACAAUUUUCCAACUGACCAUCUUUUAGAUAGAUGUUAAAAUGGACGAGAAAGAAUUAAUGAAUCAAAUUACUGAAUUGCGUGAAUUGUUACGUAUAAAGGAAGCUCAACUAGUUGCUCUGAGGCGCGAAAAACAAAUCUUACAAGAUUACGGUUUGAGUAACGGAGAAAUAUUAAGAUAUAGCAGACAAAUAUUUUUACCAGAAAUUGGUAUUAAAGGUCAAAUAAAAUUAAAAAACAGCUCGAUAUUGAUUGUAGGAGCAGGUGGACUUGGAUGUCCAGCUGCAUUAUAUUUAGCAUCUGCUGGUGCUGGACAAAUUGGUAUAAUUGACUAUGAUGAUGUUGAAAUUAACAAUCUUCAUAGACAAUUGUUAUAUGCAGAAACACAUAUUGGGACACCAAAAGUAAAUGCUGCUGCAGAAAAUCUUAAUCGUUUAAACAGUGAUGUUAAUGUUAUUCCAUACAAAAUUCAACUAGAUAGCAGUAAUGCUUUGAAUAUAAUAAAAGCUUAUGAUGUAGUGAUAGAUGCUACUGAUAAUGUAGCUACACGUUACUUAUUGAAUGACGCAUGUGUUCUAAGUAAUAAACCUUUAGUAUCUGGAUCAGCAUUAAAAUUUGAAGGUCACUUAUCUGUAUUUAAUUACAAUGGACCUUGCUAUAGAUGCAUAUUUCCUAAACCUCCUCCUCCAGAAACAGUAACAAAUUGUGGGGAUGGUGGUGUUUUUGGUCCAGCCGUUGGUACCAUUGGUGUCCUACAAGCACUAGAAGCGUUGAAGAUAGUACUCGAUCUCCCGCAUGUACUAUCUGGUCAACUUCUAUUAUUUGAUGGACUAGAAACGAAGUUUCGUAAGAUAAACUUACGUGGUAAAAAUAGGAACUGCGCUAUUUGCGGUGAACAUCCAACUCUAUACAAAUUAAUUGAUUAUGAACAAUUUUGUGGUGCAAAAGCAAAUGAUAAAGAGCCCAAGUUAAAUUUAUUAAAAAAUGAAGAAAGAAUAAGCGUGGAAGAAUAUAAUACAACAUUCAAAUUAGGUACAAAAGCUCAUCUCUUAAUCGACGUACGAUCGACUGAAGAAUUUGACAUUUGUCAUUUAAAGAAUUCUAUAAAUAUACCAUUGCGUGACAUUAAUAAUAACGAAAAAGUAACAUUAAUAAGAAAUAGAAUACAAGAAAUACAGAAACAACACAAUGAUGCUAAUUUGUAUGUUAUAUGUAGAAGGGGAAAUGAUUCACAGAAAGCUGUAAAAAGUCUUCAAGAAACACUUAAGGGAAGUAAUAUAGAAAUAAAAGAUGUAAUUGGCGGCAUUCAUGCUUGGAGUAAAAAAAUUGAUUGUACAUUUCCUGUAUAUUAACAACAUAAAAUUGUAAUUAUUUACUUUCAUGUUUAUUGAAUUUUAUUCAUAAAAUUAAUGUGUGUGUAUCAUUAUGUGAUGUUCGACGUUACAUUUUUAUAAAUAA